AUGUUCGUGUCUCGAGUCUUGCUAGUAGCAUGCAUGACGGCAGUGUGUGCUCUAUCGGAAGCCCUCGUGACUGGUGUUGGUGCUGAGCGAUCACCGCUAUCUCUGCGGCAGCUAACGGAGGAGGUCGUGAAGGUGCACGUAGACGUCCAUCAUAACGAGCGACACGACGAGGAGCAUGAGGAGGAGACAAAGGAGUUGAAAGACAAUCGCAAGACGGCGCGUAUCUAUGAGCGUGGAACUGUCCGUAUCGAUUCGGAUGCUACUAAAGGUGUAAAGAAGAAUGGAAAGAGUCAGAAGAGGAAUAGCGCCGUGAAGCAAAUUCAGGAGAACGAGACUGAAGUCAAAUACGAGCACGGGAUCGUCAAGAUCUCUGGCAAAAAGGACGGCGAAGCGAUCGACCAUAAGGCGACCUCCUCGAAAGUUGAUCCCAAGAAGGUGGUUGGGGCAAAUGAGCAAAAGGUCAUUGGCACUGCAACCGAGGUCAAGGAGCUCGCGACGAAGCUCAGCAGUGCGGCGAGUGCUGACAAGAGCUCGUUUCAUGAUGCGUACGGCCCGAUUGUGGUCAUUUGCGGAAUCAUUGGGGGCCUAGCGGCUAUUGUUGGUGUCGCUGGUCUGGUGAUGGAUCAAUCCCAAGCAAAAACGAACGAUUACUCGGACGAGUCGGCAGAAGACGACGAUGAUGUUGAAGCGAAUGUUGUGGCCGUGGGAGUGCAGGAUGAUGAUUCGGAAUCUGACUCGGAUUCGAGCAAUACCGAGGACGGCGAUGAAGGUGAAUUUGCUAACCGUGCCGUCCAGUCGGUGUAG